GUCGUUGAAUCUUUCAUACCCACGUUGUUUUCAUUUUUCAGUAAACCUGUUGCUAAAACUAUAAAACCAAAAAUCAGAAUUAAAAUUAUCGUUUUAUACGAUAUAAACGAACAAUUUCUAACUGAUUCUUGAAAUAAAAAUAUAAUGGCUAAAAAGGGAAAAGUAAAGAUUAGCAAAGUGAAAAGGAAUAAUCAGACGACAAAUAAGAUGAGAAAGCAGGGUAAGUUACGUCUUCAGAGGCAUAAGAACAAAGUACAGAAGCAAAAGCAACCGACACAAACACAAGAGCCAAUUUACAGCAGCGACAGUGAUGCGGCGUCCGGAGACGAGUGGGCAGACAUGCUGGACGAAGAAGAACAGAAGUAUAUAUUGGGCCGAAUAGCUAAGCAACCAAAUCUUCUAUCCAAUGUACCAGAAGAAGAUAAAAAGGAACAGAAAAAACCUAAAAAACGGAAGAUAACUCAGGAUCGUACAAUAGACACUGCAGUGAGCAGUGACAGUGGUGCAGAGAGUGAGACAGAUAAUAGUGAAGUUGAGGAAAAGUAUGAAGCAGAGAUGGCAGAAAGACCAGCCAAGAAAAUGCGUCCACUCUUGCCUAUCAAGACUAAAGAUGGAAUCCUAGAGAGAUCUGAGGAAUGUGAAGACACAGAUUCAGAUGAGGAACAGCCAGAUGAAGCACCAGAAACAUCAGAAAGUAAACAAGAAGAGUCUCAGGAUUCAGAUUCCGGUAUGGAGGUUACUGGUGAAGAAGGAGAAGGGAGCGAAGAGGUGGUGACAGCGGUGCAGCUGCUGGCCGCAAGAAGAGACAAGCUGAAGCAUGAGAAGCUAAGAAUUGGUGCGCUCUGCUCAUCCUUGCUUGAGAAUCCUGAGAAAAAGCUCAAGAAUUUGUACCCGAUCCUAUAUUUAAUGGAUGAACACCUGAAGGAUGGUACACCAAACCUGGUGUCAGUAAGGAAACUUGCCUCGGUGUCAGCUGCGGAGGUCUUCCGAGAUAUACUGCCUGAUUAUGCUAUACGUCAUCAGGAUUACUCCGACGUUAAAUUGAAAAAAGAGACACUAGCUCUGUACAAAUAUGAGAAAGAGUUAUUGGAGUUCUACAAGAGAUAUUUGCAGAGGCUGGAGAAAGCUGCAUCCGUGUUGAGACGAAAGAAGGGUGAUAACAGACAAGUAGAAGAUAGCGAGGUGAGUUUAGCGCUAGUGAGCCUGCGCUGCCUGUGCUCGCUGCUGGAGGCGAGGCCUCAGUUCAACUACGCUGGCAACAUCGCACAGAGCGUGUUGCCAUUCCUCGCAUGCAGACAAGAAGCACGAGACGCUGUCACACAAUGCUGCAAACAAGUCUUCACUGAAGAUAAUAAAGGAGAUAUUACACUCAAGAUUGUACGUUUAAUAAAUCAGCUGGUGAAGAAGCGUGGUACUCGGCUGCAUCCUGGUGCUCUGGAGUGCCUGCUGGCGCUGCGCAUCCGUGAUGUAGACCUCGACGCUGACGCAGACCUCAAGCACAAGAAGCGUCAAGAAGAGAAGCACAAGAAGAGGAUCGUCAACUUGUCUAAGAAGGAGAAGAAGCGAGCAAAGAAAUUGAAAGAAGUUGAGAAGGAACUUCUAGAAACUGAGGCGCGGGAGAACUCGGAGGCGCGCAAAAAGCAACUCACAGAAGUGACUAAGACCGUCUUCCAUAUCUACUUCCGUAUACUGAAGACCGCGCCAAAGUCACAACUACUGGAAGCAGUGCUCAAUGGACUUGCCAAGUUCUCUCACGUGAUCAACGUGGAGUACUACAGCGAGCUGGUGUCGCUGCUGGCGCGGCUGUGCGCGGACGAGGAGCUGAGCGCGCGCGCACGUCUGCAGUGCGCGCGCGCAGCCCUCGCAGUGCUGGCGGCGGCGGGGGACGCGCUCAACUUCGACCCCGCACACUUCCACGCACACGUCUACGCUAAUGCGAUACACGUGCACGCAGGCAGUAGUUGUGAUGAGGCACGUGUAGUGCUGGAGGCACUAUGCGAGGUGAGCACGCGGGCACGACGCGUGUCCCCCGCGGUGCUGCGGGCGCUGGCAAAGCGGCUGAGUGUGGUAGCGCUGCAGACUUCACCACAUACAGCACUCGCAGCUAUACAACUUGUAUACAACUUCAUGCAGAGUAGCAGCAGUUUGCAGUCACUGCUGGAUACAGAGGAGGCUGCAGGUGCAGGAAGAUAUGACCCACAAUGUCCUGUGCCUGCGCAGUGUGGUGCUCAGGCUGCUGUACUGUACGAGCUGGCAACACUGCGCACACACUUCCAGCCUGCAGUCAGACAAGCUGCAGCUGCAUUACUAGCCCGUACUGCUCCCUUCCACAAAAGUCCGAUGCACAUAUACGAGGAGUACGAUGGCUCUCAGAUGUCAUUCAAACCUGCGAUAACACCGCCACAGCGACACUCUCACAGCAAGAGAACAUCUCAACAUGUCUGGUCACAGCAACACUUCAAACAACAUUGUCACACUGUUGAAGAUAAUGUACAAUUGAAUAUAUGUUUUAAUUGA